AUUAGGUUAUGUUUGAUUUUUUGGAGGGUUAUGUUCAGACAUAACGGUCGAAUUUGUUUAUAUUUUUAUUGUAGUGAAAAAUGACCGAAUUUACAUUAAAUUACCGUGAAAUCACACCAGAUCAAACUGUUUCCGAUAACUGGAAAGAAAUUACGCUUACAACAGGUGGGACUCAAAGUACUCUCCAAGACAUAAAGGUCGCUGAAAGAGCAAAUGGCUUCUGUUACGAAGAUUCUACAAAACACCAUACCAGGAACAGAUUUAUUUAUUGGAGAAUCAACUAUGACAUUCUGGAAUUAGUGGAACACAGUCUUGAUGUGAAUCUAACAGCAAAUCGAGUGAGGUACAGAUUCACAGACACUCCUAUUUUAGACGGAGUGUCAAUAUAUGAAACAUAUGAAAAUGUGAUAGUCUUAGUUCCUACAGUGUGCAGUGUACAUCGUUUGAUAUUUCCACAUCCUGAAAGAUUUCACAGACAAGACGAGCUUUUAGGAGCUUACACAGAUCUUUCUGUUCCAUCAAUUUUUUCUAAAGCUUCAGCAAUUGAUGCAAGAAAUCCAUCUACCUUUUAUGUGUUCAGUAAUCCCAGUACUGCCAGUGACCAACUUCCAAAUUUGGCUAGUUCUUAUUUGUUUCCUGAAACUGAGGAAGCCUUCUUUGUACUAGCUUAUCCGUCUACAGAACUCUUACUUAUCAAACAGAACCCUGAUGAUGGACAAGUUGUCGCCACAGAAUUGAAAGGCGAAUCUCUGAUGCCCAGAUUUUUGUCGGGACUUGCAGAGAAAUUUCGACAGAAAAAUUCGGAUGGAAGCAAUAUAGUCAGUCUCUUAUUCUACGUGGUGGAUUAUGAAACAUAUGUGUUAACUCUGAGUAGGGACGGACAUUUGAAAUUCUGGUCUUGUGCUAAAGGACAGUGUGUGGCAGUAGUUGAUAUUCUUGAAAAAUCAGGAGAGGUCUCAAGAACCAGGAUCCAAUCAGCAAGUUUAAGGAAAGCUGUCGACGGAAAUAGCAGCGAAAGUCUGUUGGCUGUGUUUUUGAGUUUUGCUAAUGGAUGUCAGUUUCAAAUUUUGAGCCCCGUUAUAAGAGGACAGGAAAUUACAGUGGAUCGUUUGGAUACGAGACAUUCUCCAGAGAGUGACCUCAUCGAUUUUGCUCUCCAAACAAAUCGUUUGUGGACAGCAUGGAGAUGUGAAGAUGGCGAAUGUGUGGUAUACACAACUUCUCUUCAACCAGGAAUGAGCCAAUCUUCUCGCCACUCGGCUUUGUUACAAUCUAGUAACUGGGCUCCGGUUGUCUUGGAAACAAUACCAGACGCAAAUCAAGCACCUGUCAAUGAUGGAGAGAGCGAUCCGAGACAGAUCUAUUUGCAACACAUUUUCCACCCUGGACGGUUUCCUAUGCAUAUCAUUACCAAAGCUCUAUCUAUUUAUAAAAGAUCGACUCUUGUAGCAGAAACACAUAUUUCGGCUUCUAUACUGAAACAAAGGAUAUGCCUGGCUGUCGAUAAUGAAAUCCAGAACACUCUAAACGGAACAAAUGUAACUGAUGAUGAAUAUCUAGAAUGUGCAGAGUGGUGUUGGCAGAAAUUUUAUUCUUGCUGUGUUCAGUACCAAAUAGCAAGUCUGAAACCUUUGGGUUUGAUGCUCUUGCCUUCUGUGUCAGGAGCAGUAUUUCUCAAAAAGUCCUCCUUUUCUUUCUUGAGGCCUUUGGAUCCAUUGGAACACAUGACUCUCUGUAACGAUAGCACAUACAGCGACCAGUUUGUCAACUUUUCAAUGUUAGCUGAAGAUGUAGAAACCACCGACGAUGUUAUGAGACUUUUUGAAGUGUUGGUUUAUUUGGAACAACAAAUGAGUGAAAUGUUCAUUCAAGCAUUCGAAAAGGAGUUGUUUACCUUGCAAGUACCGGAUAUUGUAAUGGAGAAUAUUUUAGAAAAAAUUCAAUCGGAAAUGGAUUGUCAAUUCACAUCUCAUAUCUUGAACAUGCUCAACAACAUCGUUGAUUUAUACAGAGCCAUGCACAAAGUUUUGGAACUUUUAAGAUACGAAAACACACUAGCCAAUCCAGAUAACGAAAUAAACCCAUCAGCGAUGUUCCAUUUCAGUUCCCAGUUGGGCACAUCUGUUGUAGCGGGUUGUUUGAAGCAACAAGCCGAGAUCAGGUUUCAGAUCUGCCGGAAUCUCCUUCUCGUCUGUAACAUUUUGCUGAGUGGUAAAGCUUUUGACAGUGGCGUUUUGGAAGCUAUAAGGUCUGUGUGUAUGCCGGAAAUAGUGGUUUUGACACAAGCUAGUUAUGUGAUGCUCUGGUUGAGUGGACUGUCAGCGUUGGGUAAUUUACCACAUUUUAGAGACUCCGGCAUGCAGAAACUGACACCCCUCAAAUUGGCACCAGUUUUUAAUUUGAGACCUGCCGGCAUAUUCAUAUCUCUACUGGAACUUUUCAUCUCUUCAACUGGAGGACAGGAAGCUAGGAAAUCAUUUGCCAGGGUGAACUGUAGAGGUGAAGAUUUGGCACAUUGGCAUCUUUCGUUAUUACCUUUCCUGAACCAUUUAAGGCAUAUUAUAUGGCCAAUAAGUGGUGGCACGGUUCUAGCCGAGUGGUUGUUGAGUAGUGGCCAACAUUUAUGGUUGCAGCAAUAUGUUAGAUUACUAGGCAAUUGGUGUGAAUGGAACAGCUGUACACGUAAGUAA